AUGACUGAUAUGCCCACCGACUCUUUCCACUCUCAGCAUGAAACCGACGUUCGACCUAGCGAACAGUUCUAUCCCUCUCAUCCAUCUAUAUCCUCUGACACUUUGACCGAGUCCAAGUCAUUAGGUGACAAGCUCGCAAAUUGCGGUGUAUUGAACGUUUCGGCGUAUUCUUUCAUGAGGGACAUGCUCAACUUCAUGUCAGACAAACCAGCAAAAGAAAAAGGAGCUUACACUCAAAUCUUGAUCAGAAUGAAAGAGGACUUGAAUUCAAAUGUAUCAAGGAGGCUCGCAGAGGUCAGAUUCAGUGGGUUUAAUCGCUUCUUCGAGAAAUAUGAUUUAGUAUUAAGCGAGGUAGUGCAAGCGUCGUUUGACAAAGUGAAAGAGGAGUUGAGCAAUCCUAGCAAAGGUAGAAUGACACAUGAAGAGCAAAUUUUUGCAAGCUUUGACAUACCGAACCAGAUAGGCGAUCGUUUGAGAAUUUUCGGAGCCGACCCAUCAAAGGUAACCGAAUUGCAAAAAUCCUUCCGAUUUGUCAUUGAUCACACUUUCCCAAAGUACGAAGGUUUUAUGAAAUUGAUGAGUGACUUCCACGCUGAUCUUCAUUCUGAUAAAACCGAGACGAACCUAUGCAUCGGAAGGGUUAAAACUUUUUCUGAGGAGCUCGCUAGUCUCCAUAUACCCUGCGUCGAAACCAUUCAAGUUCGCCUUUUUGACGUACGUGACCUGAUGAUGGGUAAAACAAUUUACUACGGCAAACGCGCAACCACAUGGAAGAAUUCCGUCCACGCAAUAGCCUAUUGCAUUAGUUUGCCUGUCAUCUUUAUUUUAGCCAGUGCUUUAAAGCCGUAA